CCAUGAAUCUCCGUCUUCUGUCCAGGAGCCUUCUCAAAGGUGCCCCGAUUUUACUAACAAAGAUCCAGCCCAACCUUCCCACUCUAGCUCUAAUUCAUAACCCUCAAACAAUCUGCACUCGGCACUUUUCAAGCGUUGAUUCGCAAGUAAUCUCGUCAAGUGAUGAACAUUUCAAGUCGGAAAGUACUGUGCAGCUACAAGAAAUCGAAAUUAGAAAAAAAUGGUUUAUGAAAAAUCAAGCAAGUCUGUUUUCAGAUCCGCAAUUCUUCCAGACUCCAGUUUUAAUGCUACACUGUUCUUGGACGGACUUUGCGGUGUCAUUUCAUGCUCCCGAUAAGCUAGAUGAGUUGGACUGCUUGUGGUCGUGUUUUCCAUGUGACCUCAAGAUAUAUGGGUUUAAGCAGCGCACUGAAGCUAAGACAGUUCAACUCCUUCUCGUGCGAGCGAGAGGAGCUAUGAAGAAAUACGGAGUUAAGAAAUGUAGAAUAGCUUUCAAGGGAUACCAGUCAAAUACAUUGAUACCAGCACUAACUUAUCUGGAGUCGUUUCCGUUCGAAUUUAUCAGUGUAACAGAUCUGACGAGGAAGAUAGGAGAAGUGAGUCCUGUUUACCAGCGUCCUCUCCCUCGAUAUCCUCACCACAAGGUCCCUCUCAUGCGGGCCAUGAAAGAUGGACCCGAAUUCGCACCUAAGAAUCUUAUCGAUAAGUUUAGACGAUUAAAUGUUAAGUGGGUUGAUUUGGAACAAAAAGGACAAGGACUCAGCAUCAAGUCCGACGCUGCUAAAGCGAGCAAGCGUGGUUACAUCUUGAAGAAGUCACAAUCGAAAGAAAAGAAGCCGCCGGUUAGAAACCUUAUGGCACCUCUAGACCCACCGUCGUAAGGGACAGUUUUCUCAACCUAUACUUCAAGUUUAGGAUUUUGUAUUUAAGAUAGGUAAAUUAUUUUUCAAAGUAAAAUGGGCCGGGAUCAAUACGGAAUUUAAGGCAUUGUUUCAAAUUGACUUUUUAUUAGAAAUAGCUUCUUCUGAAAGUCUGAACGACUACGAUGUCAUUCUGAAUUGAAAGUAAGCGAUACUCGACUGAUUUUUAUAAAUUAGAUUGUAGAAAUUACUCGCUAUCUAUAUAAUUAAUUUCAUGUUUUGAA